AGGGACCCAACGCUGUAAUUUACUCUCAAGUGUAUUUAAUGAUGAUCGGCGGCCAAAGCUUGGGUUUUGUCACCAAGAUUCCGUCAGGCCUGAUGGUCAACACGUGGUAGAGUGAGGCAGUCGGCGUCAAAGUCUAAUCUAUUCAUUUUUGCUUCCAAUUUCAUUCAUCAUCGUAAGCUAUUCCAAUUUGCAGAGAUGCAUUUGAGUGAGAAUGAGGGCAUAGAGGGGAAGGCAUUCGUAGUUACAGGUGGAUUGGGUUUUGUUGGUUCUGCACUCUGUUUGGAGCUGCUUCGUAGAGGUGCUCGUCUUGUUCGAGCCUUUGAUCUAAGAUCGACGUCUCCUUGGUCCGAUCAUCUUCUCGAAAAUGGAGUCCACUUUCUUAAAGGGGACAUCAGUCAUAGAAAAGAUGUGGAGAAGGCAUUGCGCGGAGUACAUUGUGUUUUCCACCUAGCUUCAUUUGGCAUGUCUGGCAAAGAAAUGCUUCAAUAUGGUCGAGUUGAUGACGUGAAUAUAAAUGGAACCUGCCAUGUUCUGGAAGCUUGCCAUGAGCAUGGUGUCAAGAGACUUGUAUAUGUGAGUACAUCCAAUGUUGUGUUUGCUGGAAAUGAAAUUGUUAACGGAAAUGAACAGCUGCCUUAUGUCCCCUUGGACAACCAUGUUGAUCCAUACAGCCGAAGCAAAUCUAUUGCUGAGCAGCUUGUUCUUAAAAGCAAUGGUCGCCCUUCUAAGAAAAAGAAUGGGGAAUGUUUAUUUACAUGUGCAAUCCGUCCUGCUGCUAUAUAUGGACCUGGUGAAGAAAGACACUUCCCUAGGAUUAUCAAUCUUGCGAAAUUAGGCCUGCUUCCGUUCAAAAUUGGUGAACCAAAUGUCAAAAGUGACUGGGUUUAUGUUGAUAACUUGGUUCUGGCAUUGAUUCUGGCUAGUAUGGGACUUUUGGAUGACAUCCCUGGAAGAGGAAAACAGCCGGUUGCCGCUGGCCAGCCAUACUUUAUAUCAGAUGGUUCUCCUGUCAACACUUUUGAAUUUCUUCGUCCGCUGCUCACAAGUCUAGAAUAUGAUAUGCCAAAGGCAUCAUUACCUGUCUCAACAGCUCUUAUUGUGGGAAAUGCAUUUUCCAUAUUCUACACGAUCAUGUAUCCUUGGUUGACCCGUGGAUGGCUUCCUCAACCAUUAUUGCUUCCUGCUGAAGUUUACAAGGUCGGUGUGACCCAUUAUUUUAGUUACCUUAAAGCAAAAGAGGAGCUGGGCUACACCCCUAUCACAACUCCUCAAGAGGGUAUGGCUGCAACCAUCUCAUUCUACAAGGAGCGGAAACGUAAAAGUUUGGAUGGGCCCACGAUCUACGAAUGGUUUUUCUGCGUGUUUGGAAUGUCUGCUGUGAUUGCUGCUGCAUUCUUCCCUGAUAUAGGACCUAUACCACUGCUUAGAUCUGCAUGUCUUUUCAUUUUACGUUCCAUGUGGGCGUUAAGGCUGCUUGCGACUUGGGCUACGCUGAUGCAUGUUGGCGAAGCUAUAUAUGCAUGGAGAUUAGCCAAGAGAGUGGAUCCAGUAAAUUCUAGAGGGUGGUUUUGGCAGACUUUUGUUCUUGGGUUUUUCUCAUUGAAAUUUCUGCUAAAGAGAGCCAAGAAGUAGGCAUCCAUUGUUGUAAUUCAGAUUUCAUUUGCACUUAUGUGGUACACAGUUCAUAAAACAUUUGGAUUUGCGCAU